AUGUCAUGGCACCCCCAGUACCGGAGCUCCAAGUUCCGCCACGUCUUCGGCAAGCCAGCCAGCAAGGAGAACUGCUACGACUCAGUGCCCAUCACCCGCAGCGUCCACGACAACCACUUCUGUGCCGUGAACCCCCACUUCAUCGCCGUCGUGACCGAGUGUGCUGGCGGGGGCGCCUUCCUUGUCAUCCCCCUGCACCAGACAGGAAAGCUGGACCCCCACUACCCGAAGGUGUGUGGGCACAGAGGGAACGUCCUCGACAUCAAGUGGAACCCCUUCAACGACUUCGAGAUCGCUUCCUGUUCUGAAGAUGCCACGAUCAAGAUCUGGGCCAUCCCCAAACAGCUGCUGUCCAAGAACCUCACGGCCUACAGGAAGGAGCUGAUGGGCCACGCGCGCAGGGUGGGCCUGGUGGAGUGGCACCCCACGGCCGCCAACAUCCUCUUCAGCUCCGGCUACGACUACAAGGUGAUGGUCUGGAACCUGGACACGAAGGAGGCAGUACUCAGGAACCCCGUGCGGACGAUCACCUGCCACCAGGACGUCAUCCUCUCCAUGUCCUUCAACACCAACGGCAGCCUGCUGGCCACCGCCUGCAAAGACCGGAAGAUCCGGGUGCUCGACCCCCGAGUAGGGACCGUCCUCCAGGAAGCCAGCUACAAGGGGCACCGAGCCAACAAGGUGCUAUUCCUGGGCAACCUGAAGAAGCUGCUGUCCACAGGCACGUCCCGAUGGAACAACCGGCAGAUGGCCCUGUGGGACCAGGACGACCUCUCUGUGCCUCUCACGGAGGAGGACCUGGACGGCUCCUCGGGAGUGCUGUUCCCCUUCUACGAUGCUGACACCAACAUGCUCUACGUGGUGGGGAAGGGAGACGGGAACAUCCGCUACUAUGAGGUGAGCGCCGAGAAGCCUCACCUGAGCUACCUGACUGAGUACCGCUCCUAUAACCCGCAGAAGGGGAUCGGUGUCAUGCCAAAGAGAGGUCUCGACGUGUCCGCCUGCGAGAUCUUCCGCUUCUACAAGCUGAUCACAACCAAGAGCCUCAUCGAACCUGUGUCCAUGAUUGUGCCCCGGCGGUCAGAGUCCUACCAAGAGGACAUCUACCCGCCGACGGCAGGGGCCCAGCCCUCACUGACGGCCCAGGAGUGGCUCAGCGGGAUGGACAAAGGACCAAUCCUGGUGUCCCUUAGGCCUGGUUCCCAGGUGCUGAGUCCCCGGCCGCUGCCUCCAGAGAGAUCCCUAUCCAACUCUGUGGGCCCGGCCCUGGACCAGACAGACAAGCCGACCGCAGAAGAUGGCCGGAGGCCCUUCUCCCUGUGGGAGGAGAAGGGGCCCCGGUGGACAGCAGAACACCGGCUGGAGGAGAAGAAAUCCUGGCUGACAAAUGGCUUUGACAUUUUCGAAUGCCCCCCACCAAAGACAGAGAACGAGCUGUUGCAGAUGUUCUACCGGCAACAGGAGGAGAUCCGGAGGCUGAGGGAGCUGGUGACCCAGCGAGAGGUCCAGGCCAAGCAGCUGGAGCUGGAGAUCAAGAACUUGCGGAUGAGCUCCGAGCAGUGA